CCCCCGGAGGGACCCCCGGCCCGGCCGCUGAGCCCCACGCGGCUGCAGCCGCUGCUGCCCCCCGAGGCUCGCCGGGUGCCCGAGUUCCAGGAGGUCGCCCGCGUUCUGGCGGAGAUGCCGCGGCCGCUCAAGCGCCGGGGCUCCAUGGAGCAGAGCCCCGGGCCCGCCGCCGCCCCGGCGCGCACCCGCCACUACCGGCAGCUGAUCCCGCGCCUGCUGCACCGGCCCGGCACGGCGGCAGCACCGGGGGAUGGCGGCGCGGAGGUGGCGCUGCCUUUGUC